AUGGACUUAACUCUCAGACCACAACCAAGUGUCACCACCCUCCUGCAGCUCCUAAAGCCACACGCCUUCAUGCAGCUCCUGAAGCCACACGCCUUCAUGCAGCUCCUGAAGCCACACGCCUUCAUGCAGCUCCUGAAGCCACACGCCUUCAUGCAACCCCUGAAGCCACACGCCUUCAUGCAGCUCCUGAAGCCACACGCCUUCAUGCAGCUCCUGAAGCCACACGCCUUCAUGCAGCUCCUGAAGCCACACGCCUUCAUGCAGCUCCUGAAGCCACACGCCUUCAUGCAGCUCCUGAAGCCACACGCCUUCACGCAGCUCCUGAAGCCACACGCCUUCACGCAGCUCCUGAAGCCACACGCCUUCAUGCAGCUCCUGAAGCCACACGCCUUCACGCAGCUCCUGAAGCCACACGCCUUCACGCAGCUCCUGAAGCCACACGCCUUCACGCAGCUCCUGAAGCCACACGCCUUCAUGCAGCUCCUGAAGCCACACGCCUUCAUGCACCCCUUCACAGACGCCUCACUCACUCAAAGAGUUAUCUUCUCUUGA